AUGAAACCAUCAAAUUUUAUAAAUAGUUCAAAUGCUUUGAAUAAUAAUAAUUACAUCAACAAUGGCGAGAAUAAUGGUAUUAAUGAUCCUGGCAUUAGCAAUAGCAAUGGCAAUGGUAUCAAAGAAAAAAAAAAUUUUCCACUCGUUACUUAUCAUUAUCAUCAACAAUUUAUAAAAAUUGAUAUUAGAAGAAUUGAAACAGAACCGACCAAAAAUCAGAUUUUUCUUUCAUCCGUUCCAAAACUAAUGUUAUUGUUACGUUUUAUCUCUAGUGAAUUAUGUAUCGUUUUGAAUGCAACUAAAGAUGAAUAUGUGAUUCCAUUGGAUCAAAUUAAAAGAUUCAAAGUAACUCAAGAACGAGAGAUUAUAAUCGAAUUGAAAAAAAAUUUUAAGAAAUUUCCCAGGGUAGUAUCAACUCAAGAUCCAACAUUUGGAAAAUUUAAUGAUAUACAAUUUUUAAAAUUCUUGCCAUUAGAUUGGAUUGACAAUAAUACUUUAAUUUUUUUUGGAGAAGCUGUAAGAACACGACAUAUUUUACAAAAACCUAUGAAUAUCACAUUUGAUGAAUUAUUAACAAAUGUCAGAAAUCGUUAUCAUGAUAAGUUAAAUUUAAAUUCGAUUAAAUACAAGAAUCACAUUAAUGAUAUGAUAACUUUGAUCGAUGAUAAUGACUGGAAAGCUGCUAAAUGGGAUGCAAAAAAAUCCAAGACCAAUACCAUUUCUAUUUUCUUUUAUAAUAUUAAAUAUUAA